AUGACGAGCUUCAGCUUCUGAGACAAGAGAAUAGGUCCCUCAAAGAAGAUGUCAACAUGCUAAAAUGUAUUGUGAUAAAUCUGGAGAGAACAGUAAUAAAAAAUCAAAAUGAUAUAAUCGAUCUCAAAUCGAGAUCUAUGAAACAAAAUAUUUUGAUACAUAAUCUUCCUGAAGAAGAUGACGAGGAUCUAUUCGUUAAAAUCCCAGAACUUAUCAAGACGCAUUUUAAAGUAGAAACAUCUUUUGCGAAUAUUCACAGAAACGGUCCAAAAAUACAAGGAAAGGCAAGAACCAUCUCGGGGAGACUCAACAAAUUCACGGAUAAGGACUUAAUCUUACAGGCUCAGAGGGAAAUUAAAAAUCAACGUGCAGAACAAGCAGAUGAAAAUAACCAGAAUUCUUCCGAGCAACAGAAUUCAACUUUCUUCAUUACCCCACAAACUCCAAUCGAAAUAUCAGAAAAUAGGAAAAAAACUACUGGAGUUGAACAGUAAAUACUGGAAAGCUAACGUCAAGACACGCAUCAUCGGAGAGACACUUGUAUUUCCAAACGGAAACGUACAUAGAGACAAAGUACAAAAACCAAAAGCUGAACAAAUCCUUGGAAUGGAUCAAUCAGAAAGAGAAGCGCUGAAGAAGAUCAAAGUGACAGAAUUGGAAACUAAUGAAGGGGGAAACAUCUUCCGGGGAAUUGGGGGGACAACGGAAUGCUACAACCACGUGCGCGACAUGUACAAGAAAACAUUGUGUGAUCAAUCCCAUGCCAAAGCUGACCACAACAUACUCGUAUACAGAUUUCAAGAUUCAAACGGACAGAUUCAUGAGGGAUAUAACGAUGAUGGCGAGUUUGGCGCAGGACGUAGAUUAGUGAAGGCGAUGCAGAACUUACAAAUCAAAAAUAUGACAGUUGUUAUCUCGCGAUUUCAAGCGAAGCACAUCGGUGGUCGCCGAUUUGAAAUCUUGGAAAAUCUGCUGACUGACGUAGUUCUCCGACACACUAGUUAG